CAAAGCCAUGAAGAAACACUUGCUACAAGCUCUAUUCCUCUCAAUGCUCUUCAUCAACCCCCAUCCCACGUGCCAAUACGCGUGCGACAAUCAAACCAUUGACACAUCUACAUUCCCCUUCUGCAACACAUCUCUGCCGUUGGCAGACCGCGCGAAAGACCUGGUGAGCCACCUUAGCCUACAAGAGAAAGUCGAACAGCUCGUAAACAAGGCCACAGGCGUAUCUAGGCUAGGUGUGCCGGCAUAUGAGUGGUGGUCCGAAGCACUACAUGGCGUGUCCAACACAGGUCCAGGUGUACGGUUCAACGCCACCGUGCCAGGUGCGACGAGCUUCCCAGCGGUCAUCUUGACCGGUGCGACAUUCAAUUCAUCGCUUUGGUACGAGAUGGGUCGAGUCGUGUCCACAGAGGCUCGAGCCAUGUACAAUGUAGGGUUAGCCGGGCUCACGUACUGGAGUCCGAACGUGAAUGUUUUUCGUGACCCAAGAUGGGGUAGAGGCCAAGAGACCCCUGGUGAGGACCCUCUCGUCGUGGCUAAGUACGCUGUUAGUUAUGUUAAGGGCCUUCAGGAAAUGGACGGUGAUGAGGGCGCUGCGGUGGGCCGUGAUCUUAAGGUUUCUAGCUGUUGCAAGCAUUAUACAGCUUAUGAUGUUGAUAAUUGGAAAGGAAUUGAUCGGUUUCACUUUGAUGCGAAGGUUACAUUGCAAGACUUGGAAGAUACGUAUCAACCUCCAUUUAAGAGCUGUGUUAUGGAGGGACACGUCAGCAGUGUGAUGUGCUCUUACAACCGUAUCAACGGCAUCCCGGCCUGUGCUGAUAUGGACCUGCUUAAAGGGGUAGUGAGAGGGCAAUGGGGUCUUGAUGGAUAUAUCGUAUCGGAUUGUGACUCUAUAGACGUAUUCUUCAAUGCGAUCAAUUAUACGGCAACACCCGAGGAUGCCGUCGCUGUUGCAUUGAAAGCAGGUCUGGACAUGAACUGUGGAACCUAUCUUGGAAAAUACACAGAAAAUGCCGUUAAGUUAGGCAAGGUGGAUGAGUCAGUGGUGGACCAGGCCUUGAUCAACAACUACAUUGUCCUCAUGCGGCUAGGAUUCUUCGAUGGGGACCCCACCCAACUCCCAUACGGUAAGCUGGGCCCCACCGACGUGUGCACCGAGGACCAUCAACGGCUGUCGCUCGACGCAGCACUGCAGGGCAUAGUCCUACUAGAAAACGAUGGGACCCUACCAUGGUCCACCAAAGACAUAAAAUCCAUAGCAGUGAUCGGUCCCAAUGCAAAUGCCACCCAAGUUAUGAUCAGCAACUACGCUGGGGUCCCAUGCAAGUAUACCAGCCCAUUCCAAGGGCUACUAACGUACUCCCCAGGUGCAACUUAUCAACCUGGGUGUUCUAACGUGCGCUGUAGUGAUGGGAGUCUUAUUGAUGCAGCGACAAAUGCAGCAGCAGCGGCUGAUGCUGUAGUGUUAGUGGUGGGCCUUGAUCAGUCAGUAGAAGCUGAAGGGUUGGAUAGAGUUAAUUUGACAUUGCCAGGAUUGCAGGAGAAGCUUGUGAUGGAUGUGGCGAGGGCUGCAGGUGGGCCAGUGGUGUUAGUGAUCAUGUCAGCAGGGCCCAUCGACGUGUCGUUUGCUUUGAAUGAGAGUAAGAUUGGUGGGGUCCUUUGGGUGGGGUACCCUGGCCAGUUAGGAGGAGAGGCUAUAGCCCAAGUCAUUUUUGGAGACUACAAUCCAGGUGGAAGGACCCCGGUCACAUGGCACCUACAACAGUUCGUAGACACGGUGCCCAUGACAGACAUGAACAUGAGGCCCAACACCUCUACAAGCUUCCCUGGCAGAACCUACAGAUUCUACAAUGGCCCAUCCAUCUACGGUUUCGGACAUGGCCUCAGCUACACCACAUUUUCCAAGUUCAUCAUAUCAGCCCCUUCAACCAUAUUCAUCAAUCUCAAGCCGUCCGUUACCUGGGCCCCACGUAACAUCCACGCCGUCCACUGGGCCGCAGCUGCACGUGUGAUCAAUGUGUCCGACGUGGAUUGUGAUGGUCUGGAGUUCGACGUGACAAUCGGCGUGAAGAACAACGGCGAUCGGAAUGGGACCCAUGUCGUUCUGCUCUUUUGGAAGCCACCCACUUCUAGUGAUGUAAGUGGGCCACCUAAGCAACAGCUGAUCGGGUUUGAUCGGGUCCAGGUGGGCACAAAUGAGGUUGCGGGUAUGCAAUUUACGGUGGACGUGUGCAGGGACAUGAAUGUUGUAGAUGGAGAUGGGAAGAGGAAGCUGAUACUGGGACACCAUACAUUAGUGGUGGGGUCCACCAGCGAACGGCCAGUGAAGCAUAUGAUCAAUGUUAGGAUGUUUGAAGAAGAGAAAGCACUGUCGUCUGUGUAGGGAUUGGUUGGAAAUUAUAACCGUUUAUAUCAUACUACUAGAAAUGGACGUACUAGAUGGUGUUACAAAAAAAACAAUGGAUCUUGUUAGUUAGUUACAGCUUUUUAUAAGUAUUAACAAGUGGACCCCACUCAUUCUGUGGGUCUUUGGGUGGCGGUCAUGAUUGGCUAUGUUGUGGUUCACUUGCUGAUUGG